CAAACGAGUAGCAAGCAAUUAAAGCGAGCGAACUUCAAAAGCGUUCUUAAAAAGAAUUAUCCUACGAGUGAAAUCAAGUUAUUGUGAACAAAAUAAAGUGAAAAUGGUUGCAGUUGGUAUCGACUUGGGAACAACCUACUCCUGUGUAGGCGUGUGGCAGCAUGGAAAAGUGGAAAUCAUCGCCAACGAUCAAGGCAACAGGACGACGCCGAGUUAUGUUGCAUUUACGGACACCGAGCGUCUCUUGGGAGACGCCGCCAAGAACCAGGUCGCCAUGAACCCCAGUAACACCGUCUUCGACGCUAAGAGAUUGAUCGGCCGCAAGUAUGACGACUCGAAGAUCCAGCAGGACCUCAAACAUUGGCCUUUUAAAGUUGUGGACGACUGCGGGAAGCCCAAGAUACAAGUAAUGUACAAGGGUGAAAAGAAGACCUUCGCCCCUGAAGAGGUCAGUUCCAUGGUGUUGACGAAGAUGAAAGAAACCGCCGAGGCUUAUUUGGGGUCUCCUGUGAAAGAUGCAGUCGUUACGGUCCCUGCGUACUUCAAUGAUUCCCAGAGACAAGCUACAAAAGAUGCAGGUGUGAUAGCAGGUCUAAACGUUCUUAGAAUAAUCAAUGAACCAACAGCGGCAGCUCUGGCUUACGGUUUGGACAAAAACUUGAAGGGCGAGAGGAAUGUGCUUAUCUUCGACUUGGGUGGUGGUACAUUCGAUGUGUCUAUACUUACGAUAGACGAAGGGUCUUUGUUUGAAGUAAGAUCGACAGCAGGCGACACACAUCUCGGGGGAGAGGACUUUGACAAUCGGUUAGUUAAUCACCUUGCUGAUGAAUUCAAGCGUAAAUACAAGAAAGACCUCCGAAGCAACCCCAGGGCUCUAAGACGACUGAGAACUGCCGCUGAGAGGGCUAAGAGAACGCUCUCCUCGAGCACCGAAGCCAGCAUCGAGAUAGAUGCUUUAUACGAGGGUAUCGAUUUCUACACCAAAGUUAGCAGAGCGAGGUUCGAAGAAUUGUGCUCUGAUCUAUUCAGAGGAACUCUACAACCCGUAGAAAAAGCUCUGAUGGACGCCAAGAUGGACAAAGGCCAAAUACACGACGUGGUGCUUGUGGGCGGCUCCACUAGAAUCCCGAAGAUCCAACAACUCCUCCAGCAUUACUUUAACGGAAAACCGUUGAACUUGUCCAUCAACCCGGACGAAGCUGUAGCCUAUGGUGCCGCAGUCCAAGCCGCCGUACUUACCGGAGAAACUGAUUCUAAAAUCCAAGACGUCUUACUGGUUGACGUAACUCCCUUGUCUUUGGGUAUUGAAACCGCAGGUGGCGUCAUGACGAAGAUCAUUGAACGUAACGCGAGGAUUCCCUGCAAGCAAACUCAAGUCUUCACGACGUACGCCGACAACCAACCGGCGGUUACCGUGCAGGUAUUCGAGGGUGAGAGGGCUAUGACGAAAGAUAAUAACUUGCUUGGAACGUUCGAUCUCACCGGAAUACCCUUGGCUCCUAGAGGGGUUCCCAAGAUAGAAGUGACCUUCGAUCUAGACGCUAACGGAAUUCUCAACGUAUCUGCUAAAGACACCGGCUCCGGAAAGAGUACUAACAUCACCAUCAAGAACAAUAAAGGCAGAUUAUCACAGCAGGAUAUAGACAGAAUGGUGUUCGAGGCGGAGAGGUACAAGGAGGAAGACGAACGACAAAGGGAAAGAAUCUCGGCCCGUAAUCAGCUGGAGGGCUAUAUCUUCCAAGUGAAGCAAGCUAUUUCUGACUGUGCCGACAAGCUUAGUGCGGAAGACAAAGCUAAAAUCGAGAGUGAAUGUGACGACUGCCUGAGAUGGCUGGACGGCAACUCGUUGGCCGAGAAGGAAGAGUACGAAGAGAAGCGGAAGCACUUGACGAGUGUCUGCAGUCCUAUUAUGGCCAAGUUGUACCAGAACGGGCCUCAGAACGGUCAAUUUGGAAGUGGUACCGCUAGUGGAAUGCCUGGUGGAAGUUGCGGCCAGCAAGCGGGAGGAUUUACAGGUGGUCAUAGUGGGCCAACGAUAGAAGAAGUAGACUAAACUGUUUAAAAGACUGUUUGUUUGGAUGUGAUAUGAAAGAGAAGCAGUAUUUUUUAAUAGAGAUGUAUUUUAAUAGGAAAUGAUUCCAUUUAUGUGUAUUGCAAUUGGUACAAUGGAAAAGUCGAAUAGAUAGAUAUAAUUUUUUUUUAUUGUAAUUUGUUGUAAUAUUUUUGUUAAUCGAUAAA